AUGAAGACCAUUAUUCAAGAUUUAAAGAAACAAAAUCUUAUAGAUGAAGAUACUAGUGUUACUUUAUUUGAGUCAUUCGGUAAACACAAAGAACUUAUCACUAAUUGGUCUAAAAAAAAUACGGGUAAGAAAAUUAGUAAAAAAUAUAGCCCUACUGUGAGGCAAUUCGCUUUAUCUCUUCAUUUCUUUUCGGCAAAAGCUUAUGAUUAUAUGGCAGCAUUAUACGCUGCAUUAUGCAUUAUGCAUUAUGCAGCUAUACGGCAGCAUUUGGAAUACGAUGGUAACAAAUAUUAUGGUCGAGUGGAUAUGGGAAUUGGAAUAAAUAAUGAUAGCUUGGAAGUUGCCAAAGAAUGCUUAGUUUUUUUAGUUGUGUCUGUAAAUGAAAGCUGGAAAUUGCCGAUUGCUUAUUUUUUAGCUCGUAGUUUAAAUAGUUCUCAAAAAUCUGAAUUAAUUCACCAUGCAUUGCAUGUCUUAGAAAGUACCGGCGUUAAAAUAAUCAGCCUAACAUUUGACGGUUGUUCAAGUAAUAUAAAUACUGCUCAGAUUUUAGGUUGUACUUAUAAUGUAGAAACUUUAAAUACUUCUUUUACUUCUGGCUGUGAGAACAAUCCUAACAUUGUAACACUUCUUGAUCCAGCUCAUAUGGUAAAAUUAGUGAGAAAUGCUUUUGGCGAGAAAAAAGUAUUUUUAGAUUUUGAAGGGAAAGAAAUAAAUGUUGAAUACAUCAAAUUGCUAUGCUGUUUGCAGGAAAAGGAAGGUUGCCACCUAGCAAAUAAGUUGAGAAAGCAACACAUCUUUUAUUUUAAACAAAAAAUGAAAGUAAAACUUGCGACACAAUUGUUGAGUCAAUCCGUAGCAGAUGCUUUAAAAUUUUGCAAAAAUUCUCUUAAUCUUAAUGAGUUUUGUAAUGCAGAUGCUACAAUUCAAUUUAUUGAAUUGUUUAAUAUUGCUUUUGACAUAUUAAAUUCGAGAUCCAUCAAUUGCAUCGGUUAUAAUAAAGCAUUAUGCAAAGAAAAUAUAGAAUCAGUUAUUUUAUUUACUAAAAAAAUCAAAACCUAUAUAAAGGGUCUUAAAGUUGAAGAUAAACCUGGAAUAUUUGUACCUGUACUUCAUUCCAGCCGCAAAACAGGAAAUUGUAUACCACUAGAAGAUAUUGGAAUUCUGCAUUACUCUAGCUCUGAUCCAGUGAAUGUUUUAAAUAACAAUACUCCUGGUUUUAAUUAUGAUGCUAUUAUUCAGGAAGAAAAUUUGAAAAGUAUAAAUUCAUUUAUUUUAGAUCAUGACUACAUAGGAUGCCAUAGUAAUUACUCUUUUAGUAACUUCUCUAAAGAAGUUAUUAUUUACAUUUCUGGAUUCGUAGUUCAUAAACUUACUAAUGUGCUCAAAUGUGAUACUAAUAAAGAUGCGUUAUGUGCUACUGACAAAGAAUGUUUUUUAAAUUCAUUAAUAACAUUAAAAAAUAAAAAAGGUGAUAAUGGUGGCUUAAUUUAUCCCAGUAACGAUGUAAUUGAUAUAUGUUCUAAAACUGAAAAAACAUUAAAACAAUUUAACUAUACAGAUAAAGCUGUUAAUAAACUGAAAAUUCAAUCUGAAGUUUUAGGCCACUUUUUAUUUAACUCAAAUGUAUUCAAACAAUUAAAAACUCAUAGUAGCGAAACCAGAAAUCCUUUAACCGAUCAUAUCACUCUUCUAAUAAAAUCUAUCACAUCAACAUAUAUUAACUUAAAAAUAAACUAUAAUUUGAAAAGUCACAAUGAAACACCUUCCAUUAGAAUAAUGAAAUUACAACAGGUAUACCAGUACAUGGCGAGUGGUAUACAGGUGUACAAUGCACCUGUAUACCACAGCCGACCAAAAAAAUCAAAAGGGUGGUUUAGGUGUCGAAAAACCGGACACAUUGUCAGGGAUUGCCCGGACCCACCCACUCCACAGAAGCCGAACAAAAAAACAACAACCAACACCCAAAAAGACGUCACCAUCGAAGAUGUGACCGAACAAAUUUCGAUGGUGACUGUCAAUUCCGUUAAUAGCCAAGAUCAAACGGAGAAAUCAAACGCAAACCGUACGUUUCAGUUGGACAAUAUUCUUUGAAUUUCAUGUUUUGUUAGAUAGGU